AUGAGGGUCUUGCUUUCCAUCCUUGGACUUCUCGCCUGGUGGUCUGUAGUUCCUCCAGCCAGAAACUUUGUUUCUCGGACCGACUGUUCUACAGGAUACUAUAACUGCAGAAUGGCUUGCAAAGCUGAUGAAUAUGCAAUUCGAUAUUGUAAGGACUGGAAAAUCUGCUGCAAGAAAAAGCAGUUUCAAAUAAUUAAGAAAAAAAGAAAGUGGUGA